AUUUUGGUCAAAGGCGUUUGUACGCCCCACGCCAGGUGGUUACCUCCUCGGCCCUUGCUAUUUUUGGGCCAGGACUUCGUCCUACAGGGGGGGGCGAAAUAGUUUCAGAGUUUCGCAGCCGUGGUAUGGACAGUUCCACGUCAUGGAGCGUUUGGUCGCCAGCGCCCGACGGUGCAGGCUUAGGCCCGCACGGAGACCCUUACCCUGAUAACAAGAAUGACACCAAGCGUGGUGUCUGCAUGGCAGCGCUGGGCUCCGAUGGCGGCUUCGACGUGACGUCUUCGGGCUUUUCUGGAAACCCUUACCCAGACAGCAAGAAUGACACCAAGCGUGGUGUCUGCAUGGCCCCGCUCGGCUCCGAUGGCGGCUUCGACGCGGCGUCUUCGGGAUUUUCUGGAAACCCUUACCCAGAUCACAAUAAUAAUACCAAGUCGUUCUUUUUCGUGGAGCCCGACUCCCUUUUGGAUGGCGGGCUUGGCACUGGGGGCGUAACCAGGGGUGUCAAGUUGAGCGGCUUCGGGGGCGCGGAACCACACGAAGGCUUCAGCAGCUGGUUGGCGAAGGAGCCAGGCGAAGGCUUCAUGGGGAAAGGCAGUUACCCAAACUUCACGGACGCGCCGGGCACCUACGGCCACGAGGCGCAGAUCCCUUUGCCGCACAGCUUCGAGCAGACCCAUGCCACGCAACCUUGCCCCGAGAAGGUGUCGCACAAGUCCAUGCCGUUUCUAUUCAAUCAUUACUCUGGAAUCUUCACCAAUAACGACAACCCUCUGCCCGCGCCGACCGGAAAGUAUUCUGGACUGUCCUCCACGGUGCACAAGGUCAAGACAGACGAGCCAGCCCGUGUAGGCAACAGUUUGUUGAAGUUCAUGUCUGAGUAUUUACCAUCCCAGUCAGUCUUUGCUGAGUUGCUGAAGCCUAUCCCGUCCAAGGAGCACAAGACAAAGUACAGCAUGAAGCUGCUCACGUUUGUGCAGAGCAACUGGUGCCAACUGAAAGUCAAAAUGUACGAGGCGGCGGAGGAUGUGUACUUGAUCGAAUUCCAGCGUCGCUCUGGGGACUCGCUGGCCUUCAACAGUGUCUACCGGCUCGCCGAAAAGUAUCUCCUGGAUCAUGGUUUCCCUCUUGAGGGUAGUGGCAGCAGGGGCGGCGGGCGUGGCUUGUGCCGCUUCGUUCCUCCCAGCGUGCCCCUGCAGCUAAUGGAGGACGAGGAAGUGCCCUGGGUUGAGCCAGAGUGCAUGUUAGGGCCUGUGUUCGAUCUGUCGAGGUCCAAGUGUGCGAGGUAUCAAGCGGAAGGUGCGACCGCCAUAGCGGAGAUGGCCAAAGCCGCCGAAGAGAAGCCGAAGCAGAAGUUCCCAUGGUCCGAGGAGCUGAAGGACGUGAUGUACAAGCUGCUCGAGGUCCAGGAGACUAUCGUGGCCUUUCCGGCGGUCAAGGCCUUACACAGCCUCGCGAAGGUGCACCCAGAGGCCAGGAAGGUGGCGGCGGAGAAGAGGGUGGCGGCGGCGCUGGAGCACUCGCGCAGCAGCCUGGUCCGCGGGGAGGCCGCGCAGUUGCGCGAGCUCAUUGCGGCGCACUGCGGCUGACCGCGCGGCCGCGGUCCGCCCCCGCGCGGAGGUUUCUUGUUGACGCCUGCGCGUGGGCCACCUCGUGGGAUCGGAGCGCCCCGCCCGUCCGGGGCGUGAAGGAGGAGGAGGAGGAUGAGCUUGAAACAUAGAGCUUGCAUCCACAUAGCGUGCGCCACGUAGGUUCCGCCACAAAUCUGACACCACGGCUUACUGAUCUACAGUCCACUGAGUUACUGCUUGGGGCUCACGCCGGCAAUCAUUGCAAAAUAAUGGACAUUCAUUCAUUGCUUGCUGAGUCUCGGCAACCUGAGCUUUCCUUGUUUCGCGUGCAUGCGUCCCGGCCUUUCAGCUUUCACAGUGGCCUUCCCAGCCUUUUGGAUGGUCUGUCCAUCCGGCCGUGGCGGAUGCAACGCCUAGCGUCCAGCCUGGAGUGGAACGGAUGGGCGUCGGCUGCCGUCAUCUCCUCCGCCCUCUCUUUCCCUCUUCUUUGACACCUCGCACUUUGACCCCGCAUCCCGUCUCCACUUCCUUUUCCAGGCUUCACGGGCCCAUUCCGCGGCCAUUCCGUCUCCCCGCUCCGCUGCGGCAUGAGGUGUGCCCGUCCGAGGAGCACCCUCUCCGAUCCGAGUCCGCGGCGUGCGUUCAGCUGGGGAAGGGCGGCUGGGUGCCUCGGAGGGGCUCGAUGUUUAUACACCACGUCGUUGGCCAGCCAAGGAGCCAAGACUUUCUACGAAUGAGUUAUGCGAUCUUGCAUCCCACAGCACCACAGCUGGGGAAAGUGGUGCGUCCGUGCACUGAGCUCCUCGGCCGACCUGGCGGUUUGCUUGAUGUAUACACUGAGCACCUCCCGGAGCCAGCGGCCAGGUGCAAGACGCCGUUGUCGGCACAUCCUGGCCAUCUGCAGGGUACCGUGGAGGCGCCGACGCCAGCGUUACAGUCUGGUCGUGUGCAGCGCAGCUCGAACCGAAGGGAUGUAGGAGCGCCCCGUGCUCUUCCUCUGCUGCCAAGCUCGCUGCGCUUCUUCUGCCAUCAAUGCAGAUAGGGGCG